AUGAAUUCAAUGACCGUCUCGCAGACCGGCGGCGGACACGGCCGCCAGCCCAGCAUCACCAAGCAGAAGCAGACAUCACCCUACGCAUCCCGCAUCAAAGCUCCCCCUCCGCCUCUCAGUUUGCUCCCUGCGUCAAACGACGGCCGCCAACGACCUCCUCAGCUCUCGCCCAUGCCAGUCUCCCCUCGCUGGGACUCGCUGGCAAACGGCUCCAACAUGCUGCUGCAUAGCCCAAUGUCCCCUCUCCCUCCGCGAUCGCCCUCGCAAAACAGCUGGUAUGAGCGGUACGGCCAGCUAGACGAGGCGACAUCGCCACAAUACCAGCCACAGCAGCAACAACCGCCAGCCGCAAUCCAGCAUCAUCAGCAUCAUCCGUAUCAACCAUCGUCGAUGGGCAGGAGACGACCGCCAGAGCCUCUGCAGCUGGACUCGGCCAGCGCCCUGAUGACAAAGUCCAUGCGCGCAGAGGUACAAGUACGCACGCCAGACACCCCUGCCGUCGAGAACUUUUCUAGACCCCGGAAGCAAAGUACCAGUAUUAGGUCCCCCCCUGUCGGUCCAGGUAACCUCCGGCUGGCCUCCCUCCCUCCCUCGGAUCGCAUGCCGGAGAUGACCAGCGUUUCACCUUCUUCCACGCCCUCCUGGCAGCGCCCCCGACGUCCCUCCAUCUCCUCAAAAUCUUCACUCUCCUAUGCUGUCUCUCCAUCUUUUCCCCCUACUGCCGAAUACCUCGAAUCGAGAGCCUCGAGAACCGCGAGUGCACAACCUCCAAUUGCUGGCCAUCGCCCCCAGCUGGGCUACCAGAACCGCAUUGACAGUCCGGCCUUUGCUCCUGCGCCCGGCGGGCCAGCUCCUUGGAUGAGCGACGACGAACUGCGAUCCAGCUAUAGGUCCCAGCUUACAUCAUCGUCUGCCUUUGGCACUGGCACUGCCGUCACCGAGCGAAGCAGCGUCCUGACCAAGGACAGCUCCGUUCUGUCACUCUACGGGAACGAGAACGAAAACGAGGCAGGGGCAGAGGCAGAGGCUGAGGGAGAGGAACCCAGCCUGGAAGAUGUUAUGGGCAUGUACGAAAGAGGCUUCUGUGACGACGACGACGACCAAUUCCCAGAAAACGAAUACCCCGAUCCCUACAACAACAAUUACAACGAACACUACCAGCAACACCCCUACGAUCACCACCACUACCCAUACGACGACCAAUACAACGUUGGCUACGGCUCUGCUCCGUACGACGACGAUUCAUAUCCGCGCAUUCCGGAAUCAGAGCUAGAGCAGGAGCCGGAGCAGGAGCAGCUAGAACGAGAGCUACACCCAGAGCCAGAGCGCGUGCGUCAGCAGGAGCAGGCGCAGGAUCGCGAGCAGGAACAGGAGCACGAGUACAGGCAAGAGCACGGACGCAGCCUUGAGCACGGACGCGCGCCUCUGCCUACUCAUGACGAAGAAGUAGAAGAAGAAGAAGAAUCUGCCGAAAACGACACCGUCCCAGACAACAUGAUUAGCGUCAUGCACCGUCCUGUGACCGCCAGGUCCGAGCCGGGCCCUGAGCGCAUUCACAGCGACGAAUUCGAUGCCGACCCGGUGCCUCCGGUGCCCGCCGCCCAUGCCGCGCUCGACAUGGAAAUUAGGCAAUCCAAGAUGCUCUUUUCUAGCACCGCAUUCACAUCUACGGUGCCUGCUCUCACCCACGACCACGACCUCGAUCACGACCCGGAACACGACUUGGAGUUUCCGGAAAAGCGCGACUCGUCCAGGACGGUGGAAUCCGCGCCCUCUGUGGACUCGGACGGCGUCCGACCCGACCCGAGAGGAGCCACGCACAGCCGAGGAGCCACACCCAGCCCGAGUCCCUCGCGCAUUUCACCUCCUUCGAUGCUAGAGUCUCGAUCAGUAUCCCCUUCUCCCUCGGUGCACCUCCCCGUUCCCGAGCCUGAGAAGCCGGGUUCGCGAGAUCGAUAUGGCUUCAAGAAGGAAAACCAGUUCAUCACCCGCGCGCAGUACGAUGCCUGGGAUAAGACAUACUCUCAAUAUCUGGCGCGCCGGCGGAAGAAGUGGACUUCCUACCUCAAGGACAGUGCUCUUAUGACUGACCGUCCGCAACGAUUCCCCGCCCCCAACGCCAAGACGAAGCGGUUCGUGCGCAAAGGCAUUCCCCCAGAUUGGCGCGGCGCUGCAUGGUUCUACUACGCGGGCGGACCAGCCAUUCUGGCUAAGCAUGGAGGUCUCUACGACAAAUUGUUGCUGAGACAAGCCAAGCACGUCGAUAUCGAGGCCAUUGAGCGUGACCUCCACCGAACUUUCCCCGACAACAUCCAGUUCAAGCCCUCACAAGCCACCGCCGAUAUGCUCGACACCACCACCAGCAGCGAGAGGGCGAGCCAAUCCACAGUGAGGGGAGCGGCCUUGGACGGCAGCGGACCUGGCCCCGUUGGGCUGGAAGGCGAGCCGCCGCUCAUUGCGUCUCUUCGCCGCGUCUUACUCGCAUUCGCCGUCUACAACCCGCGCAUUGGAUACUGCCAGAGUCUCAACUUUAUUGCCGGCCUCUUGCUCCUCUUUGUCGAUACAGAGGAACAGGCGUUUUGGCUGCUCAACGUCAUUACACACAUCUAUCUUCCCGGUACGCACGAGAUGAGCCUUGAGGGCUCCAAGGUGGACCUGGGCGUUUUGAUGACGGAGCUCCGCGACACAAUGCCUGCUGUGUGGGACAAGAUUGGAGGAGAGCUGGACAGCGGCGAGCCGCAGUCGCGACCAAUGACUAGCAAGUCGGUGCGAAACCCCCUGAACCCGCUGACGCCUCGACUCAAGCGCAAGGAGACUCACGCAGCACUGUCGUCUGAACGCCUUCCCCCAAUCACCCUCUGCAUGACUGCGUGGUUCAUGAGCUGCUACAUCGGUACGCUGCCCAUUGAGACGACGCUGCGCGUGUGGGACGUCUUCUUCUACGAAGGAUCCAAGACGCUCUUCCGCGUUGCCCUGGCCAUCUUCAAGCUGGGUGAGGCCGAGAUUAAGGCGAUUGGAGAUCCGAUGGAGAUGUUUGGCGUGGUCCAGUCAAUGCCUAGGAAGAUGCUCGACGCGAACAAAGUCUUGGAGACGUGCUUCAAGAGGCGCAACGGCUUCAACCAUCUCAGCCAAGAGGUGAUUGAGGAACGCCGGCAAGAGAGGCGUGACAAGGCCCAGCAAGACCUUCUCCUACGGUCGCGCAGUAAAGCUGCGACAACCGGGGCGACUGGCAGGGAGGCCGACGGAGAGCGAAAGGGCGGCAGCCUGUUUGGGCUGAAGAAAUAA